AUGGGACCAGAUAACCACACUAAAAAUGAAGACUUCAUUUUAAUUGGACUAUCUAGUGACCCUAAAACAAAGAUUGCAUUGUUUGCACUAUUCUCUCUAGUUUACACUACUUCAAUAACGGGAAAUAUGAUAAUGAUCAUAACCACCCAACUCGUUAAAGAGCUUCAUACCCCAAUGUACAGAUUCAUAUGCAACUUAUCUAUCUUAGAUAUUACAUUUACAUCUGUGACUGUUCCAAAAAUGUUGAUUGGACUGCUCUUAGACCAUAACUACAUAUCUUAUGUUGGGUGUUUUGCUCAGCUCUAUUUCUUUCACUUUUUGGGAAGUUCUGAAUGCUUUCUAUUAAGUAUAAUGGGUUAUGAUCGCUAUGUGGCUAUUUGUCACCCCUUACAUUACUCUCAAAUCAUUGACAAGAAAACCUGCAUCCAAUUGGCCUCAGGUUGUUGGAUAACUGGGUUUCUUUACUCACUUGUUCAUACAAUACUUACUUCGACUUUAUCGUUUUGUGCUUCCAAGGAAGUAAACCACUUCUUAUGUGACAUGCCACCCCUACUCAAACUGUCGUGUACAGAUACAAAAACCAAUGUCAUUGUUAUCUUGGGUCUAGGUGGUCUUGCCGCUGGUGCAUCAUGUUUAUUGACCAUAAUAUCUUAUUGUUAUAUCAUUUCUACAAUUCUGCAAAUCCAUUCUACAGAAGGCAGACACAAAGCCUUUUCGACCUGUGCAUCCCACCUUAUGGUUGUGUUACUUUUUUAUGGCACCAUCAUCGUUAUGUAUUUAAGGCCUCAAUCGAGUUAUUCUAUGGAACAUGAUAAAAUGCUCUCUGUGUUUUAUAAUGUAAUCACUCCAAUGUUAAACCCUAUGAUAUAUAGCAUGAGAAACAAAGAAGUCAAGCGUGCACUUAGAAAACUUUGUACAAGAAGGAAACAUUAA